AUGCCAUGCAGAGGCAAGUGUGCUGCUGCUGUCUUGGGAGUCGGCGAGGCCUUUUGCUCGUCCUAUUUGUCCCUCGAACCCGCGACGGAAACCGUGACGGCGACGGCAACUGUCACAUCGGUCCAGACGAUCACUGAAACCAGUUUCGACGUCGUCACCCUCACGACGUUGACCACCACCAUCACCGGUCCCACCACAACGAUCUACGCCAAGCGUGAGGAGAAACCCUCGGCGGAUCCGGCUUCCCAGAUCCUCGCCCAGUGUGGCAAUGCCGCGUCGAGGGUCAGCAGCGCCUGCAGCUGCAUCUUCUCCACCACAUCGACCGUGACGGCCGUGGAGAUAGUCACCGCCACCGAGGCUGCCGAGGUGACCGUCACGACAACCGCAACCAUCACUACCGACGUGACUAUCACCGAGCACGCCACCCCAACCGUGACCGUAUCGCAGCCCAUCGUGAACGGAGGCUUCGAGGGCUACCGGACCACGGGCAACAUCCUCCCGUGGACCACCGGCGGCACUGGCGGCAGGGUUGAAGUCAUCAACGGCGUGAACCCCUGCGCUAGUGGUGGUUACUGCGCGGGUGGUCAGGUCGUCGUUCGCGCCUACCCGCCCACCACUGGCGGUGGCUACGCAUCGCUGUUCCAGGAGUCGUUCACCGCCAAGGCAUCCUCGACGUACAGUCUCUCCUUCAUGUACCGCUGCCUGAACUACGACACGACCACGAGCAUCGAAGUGUACUACAAGGGUGCCAAGAUCGGCACAGCCAAAGGGUGCACCAGCGGCGCCGCCUUUACCCGCGUCACCUCGGGCAUCCAGUUCACGACGGACGAGACCGGUGCCGGGUCGUUGGAAGUCCGCUUCGUGAACCCGAGCAAUUUGCCGUACCUGUACUUUUACGCCGACGAUUUCCAGGCCACGAGGAACCAGUGA